AUGGCGAGGACCAAACAAACCGCCCGAAAAUCAACGGAAGCGGCUCAAGUCAUGACAAAGGUACAACCCAAGAGGAAGGCUGAGUUUGAAAGUGAAGUGAAUCAUUCUAGUAGCACCGGAGUUGGUAGUACUAGCAGCAACAGCAGUUAUAUUGUUCCACCUUAUAAAAGUUUGAAAACCAUUUGUAUUCCAUAUGAAAGAGAAUAUCAAGAUCAGACCACGAACACCUCCUCCGAUUAUCAUCAAUCAUUAUUUGGAUGUUUAUCCGAAUUACCUAAUGAAAUAUUUCAACACAUUUUGACUUUCUUGGUUGGAGAUUUUGAGCUCUACAAAAAAAUUGAUGUCACAAAAAUUGAUCCAAAUGCUGAUAAGGAGCAACGAAAUCGAUACAAAAGAAGUUAUUUAUCGUCAGAUAUUGAGUCAUUCCUCAUUCCGUAUGAAAAUCUUGUUGCUCUUGUGAAAUUAAUGCAGACAAACAAAGAACUGAAUCGAAUGAUCACCUCCAAAAGAGAUGACGAUCACUUGACUGAUUUUGAAUUGUUUUGGUUGAAUGGAUACAACUUUUUCGAAAAGCUGUUUUAUUGGAUUCGAACUAGGACUUUGGAAACAUUAAAAUUGGGCACUGGAGACUUGUCAAGGACAGCUGUUGAGGAAAUGGGAAGAAUUCAGAAUAUUGUGCAGCAUUAUGAGAGAGGAAAGUCAUUAAGUGAUUUGGAUGCUACUAUUGACCAUAAUAAUUGGUUCGAAGACGAAUAUGCUAAUGAUGAAGAGCAAUAUGAUGAAUUUCUUUCUGAUAAUGUUGGAGAUGAUAAAAAGUCUAAGAAAAAAGUACCGAUAUUUAACAAUGCUGAAGCGAGCAGAAAAGCCAUCUUGGAGAGAUUACACGCAUUGGAAUUGAGUAUUGAAGAUUACUGCCAUGAAUAUAGAAGCUACACAUCAGCUUUUGAAUUAUUCUUCUUCAGAUCUCUCAUGUUGAGUCUAAACAUGUUUGAUGCACUCGAUUCCGAAAGUAGACAAGAGUAUUGGAGUGACAACUCGGAAUCAUUGCUUGGUUAUCAUUAUUUCGACCACUAUUCAAAAAAAGCAAUAUCAGAACCUUCUGAUUGGGCUAGAAAAGUACCAUAUAACCCCAAUGUUAAAUAUCCCAAAGUUGGUCUGAUGGUCUAUCAGCAAUCUGGUUGGAAGAAAUUGCUUUGCAAUAACAAUAUAACAACUGACUCCCAAACUGAUCAGAACUCUGAAUUGAAGGAGGAGGACAUUGAUUUCAACUUUCUAAGAAAUCGAUUGUCAAAAAUUAUUUUAUUACAAAUUUCACUGAUUCCCAAUUUGCUGCCACUUGAGGACUAUGAAUUUCCAGAGAAUAUCAUGUUUUUGAGCGUGGAACAAGGAAACGAUUCUAAAACAACAGCCACUCAAGAAUAUUCAUUUGAUGGAGCAACAUUUCCAGGCGUCAGAUAUUUACGAGUUCGAUAUAAUGACGACGAUUAUAGAAAUUAUGGAAAAAAUUUGGGCAUACAAGAAGUAAUUAUUCUUCGUUCUUUGUUGAACAAAAAGACAUUACCUAAAUUAGAACAUUUGGUACUGAAUGGAUUUAGCACUAUAACUACACUAGAGGAGCAAUUUGACUUUUUAAAACAGUUAAUUUCUAUUGAAAUUACCUUCAAUCAACAUGGUUACGGAGCAGACCAAGAUAUUUGGGAAAAAGCGACAGAAUUUACCUCUAGACUCAGUCAAGCAUCUUCAAAAUUGAGAUAUGUGGUGGUACAUACAGACCUUGACAGCAGGAGACAUUGUCGACAUGAUCAACUAGCUGCAUUUUACAAAUCCCAUCGAUGCCCUGUCUCCAUUGGAUAUGCAAGCAUUAGCAGAUUCUACUACAUUAGUGGGGAAUAA